AUGUUCAUGGCCAGCCAAAGCACCACAACACCAGCUAAGAGACUCCUCUCCGCCAGCAAAAUUGCCAAAGCAGUCGAUGCACUUGCGGUAAUUGACGAACGCCGUCACACCAAGCGUCAGCGAUUUUCAAUUGUGUCCAGUGAUGCUACUGCUGAGGACCUAGACUCUGCCUCGCCCGUUAUAGACCGGUACAUUGCCGUCAAAGGGGUUGAGGUCGUCCACGCCCUGACCAAUUUUUCGGUGUCCGAGCUCAAUACUCUCUGGUCCAACAUCAAUCCAUACGUGUCGAAGAACUGGAAUGUUGGUGGUGGCCGCAAAUGUCCGGUGACUGGGAAGGACAUGCUCUUCAUGACCCUCGUGACGCUCAAGCAUGCUGGCACUUGGGAUAUGCUUGCUGCCAGAUUUGACGAGAAGGCCGCAACGUUCAGCAACCGCAUCGCCCAAUUUAUCCGUGAUCUCCAUCCGUAUCUGAUCCGCAAGUACAUCGAUGAACAAGGAUUCAAGUGGACGAUGCACCAGCUUGCUGUCGCUGGUCAUCAGUUUGAAACCCACAAGUCGGCGCUUUAUGCCGUUGACGUCACCUUUCAGCAAACCAGUGCACCUGUGGUAUCCUUUGGCGAGAAGAAAACGUACUUCUCCAAGAUGCAUGGACUCUAUGGUAACAAGGUCGAGGAGUCGGUGGCUCCGAACGGCUUGGCCAUCAAUGCAACGGAUUGUGCUGUGGGCAGCACGUCGGGCUUAGAAAUGUUUAAGGCUAACCUGGGCUUCCACUCGAACCAACUGGAGAAGCAGCCGAACGAUUACAACGUCAUCGACAACGAAGCUCUCCGCGACAAGUUCCCGAGUCGAUGGGCCCUUCUGGCGGACAAAGGCUACCAAGGCAUCCAAGAGUACGUCCGUGGCUUUACGCCAACUAAGCGCCCACCGCACGGUCAGCUGUCUAUGGAGCAGGUGCGGGCCAAUGCCAAGUUGGCGUCGGAUCGAGUUAUUGUCGAGAACUUCUUUGGUAGACUCAAGACGCUGUGGUGUAUUGUGUCGGACAAGUACACGUGGAAGAAGGAUGAGUACAUUAUGUACUUCCAGACGUGUGUUGACCUAACCAAUGUCCAUGUUCUUUUCAAUCCAUUGCGGAAUGUGGAUGGCGAGGGCUACAAUCAGUACAAGAACCGCUUGAUUUCCAUCGGAAGCAAAAUCAAGAUGAGGAACUUGUUCUCCAAGGCGAACGAGGACUACGACAUUGGCUAUGACGAGGGAGACGAUAUUUUUUAUUAA